GUCUAGCUGAAACUCCAUUUCUUCAUCUGUAUCCUAUAGAGCCCACACACACAGGAGCUACUUCUCUAUUCCUAGAAUCUCUUACAACACACAGGAAAGGCUGACAUGCAGGCUCCCACCAGCUUCUGUGUAGCCUCCAGGCACUCGUGAUGAGCCGGCCAGAGCAACAACACGGCGGCAUGGAACCAGAUGGUGAUGGGUAAGCUUUCAUCUUUCUACCUGACACAGAACUCUGCUGAUGAUGGGGCGCCCCAGUGCUACCUGGCAGCUGCAUGUCCUUGUUUACUCCCAUCUCUUUGUUCAGUUGAUUCAAGGGUCUCCACUGCUCGACUCUUUAAACUGUGUCAAUGACUAUUAUACUCACUGGAGGUGCGAAUGGAGAGAAAGUGCGGCAGCUCGCAAGCUUCUUCCCAUGAGCCUCUAUCACUGGAACACCCUACAUAGCACCAGAACUCCGUGUGUCCCAUUCCAGCAAGGUGAGGGCCCAGAACUGAGAAUGAGCUGUAAUAUAAAUUCCGACUUUAUCAUCAACGUGAACGACAGUUACACCUUCCUACCGGAGAGAGAUGUGCACCAAGGGGUUACCAUUGUACCAGCCCUAAAAGUCAGGACGUCCCCUCCCCAAGGGCUUGUGAGUCACAAGUUGGAAAAUGGAACAGUCAUUCUGAGCUGGAAGAGCCCUGUCCCCUCUGACUUCCAUUUGACCAUGUUCUACCAGAUUGUAUACCGAAGGCAGGGCUGGGAGGCAUGGAAGGAUUCAGCUUCUGUUUAUGUGAUGAAGGAACUGAAUGUGAGUCUCAGCCCCCACCUGUUUGUCCCAGGGAGCACAUACAUCUUCAGAGUUCGCGCUCUGCCCCAGGAAGGAAAGCACCCCAAGGGUUCCUGGAGCAAAUGGAGCAAAAAGCUAACACUGAAAAUCCCUGGAGGUGAUGCUGCAGCCCCUCAUAACCUGCAGUGUGAGUACAAUGGCUUAUCAAAUAUGAGGUGCACUUGGGAGGUGCGCAAAGAGGUCACCCUGUCAGUUUCCUAUGCUCUGUACUACAGAGAGUUGCCUGGAGGGGCUAAGAGUAAGGCCCAUAAUGCCUUUGUCCGGGAGAAUGUAUGUGUGCCCAAUAAAAAGGCUAAAGCUGAUGCACCAUAUGUAACUUACAGCUGCACCGUGGCUCUCACCCCUGAACAAGCACAUAGAUCAUUUUCUAUCCAAGUCAGACCCAUGGUGAAAGACAAGACAUUCAUACCCAGUGAAACCGUCCAGCCUCAGCCACCAAGGAACCUCAAAGUAGAGGCGUAUGCAGACUCUGCAUUCAUGUUAAGGUGGAGCGCUCCACUUUCAGCCAGUACACCACUCACUUACCAGCUAUGUUAUUGGAAGCAGGGUGAUCCAGAGUGCCCUUCAGUCUCUCUGCUCAAUGUUUCUGGUAAUCUUCAAGAAUAUUACAUACAGGGCUCCGACCUCCAUGAAUCGAGCAACUACAUAGCCAAAGUUCGAGCAAGAAGUGAUGGGAUCUUUAAGGGUCCCUGGAGCGACUGGAGCCAACAAAAUUCUUGGAAGACUGAAAAAAAAGAUGGCCAGAUCAUUUUCAUUGUGGCACCAAUAGGUGUUUUGCUGCUGCUGGCCUGUUUGUGCAUUGGCUAUAAACUCAUCAAGAGAUCCCAAAAAAGGUGGGAAGGUUCGUUACCAAACCCCAGCAAGAGUAAGCUUCUAAGCAAUUAUCAGGUGGGGCUCUGGCAUCCAGGUGAAUUCACAUACUUCAGUGAAGAAUACCCUGGUAAUGAAGAGAGGCCUUGCAUCUGCUUCCCUCAAGGCAGUCAGGCACAAAAGGUUUGGGACACAGAAGAAAAUGCAGAAAAAACAGCAACGGAGGCCAAUUGCACCCAAAUGGAAGCAAGUCUUGUUCCCUCACCUACAGAAGACAUGGCAGAGGACCAGCGCUCUAUACAAGAUCAGAGUGAUCAGAGUUGUACUGGGGAGGGAUGUAACACUACUGGGUUGCCUCAUAACACUCCAGCAGAGCAGGUAACCAAACAACAACAACAUAAAAAUCCCUACCUGUUGUUCACCCGUGCUCAUUCAAUGUCAGAUUUGGUAGGCGAGAAAAUACACAGCUCGGAAUAUUUUACUUUUCCAAGACCCAAAGGUGAAAGUUUUGGCGAUCCCUGGAAAAUGGCACCAUCUUGCCGGCCUAUGUCUGCUCAAGAACCACUUGGUUAUGUACUUGGGAUGGGAGCACAGCCAUCUUUUCACCCACCAGAAAAUCAAGUUCAGAAGGGCCACGAUGUGCAGUGUAACAGUUUUAUUCCCGUUCCCUCACCCUCACAUGCACCCAUGGAAGGGCCAAUUCUGGUAAUAACACCAGAUGGUACUGGGCCACUGGUGCUGAAGCAGAUAGGGGAUUAUUGCUUUUUCCCAGGACUCAAGGGAAGCCAGGAGAAAUUAGAAGGAAAGAAGGCACAACCCAGUGAGCACAAAGAGCAGCAGAUAAUUCCAGACUUACCUCCGCAUGCUGUAAAAGCAUUUAAAGUUAUGCAACGAGGUUACUUUGCUUUGCCACAAACCUGAAGCCCUCGUCAUAUUAUAUCAUUGGACUUCGAAAACUUACAGAGGCAGCUCCUGUUACUCUAUUAUAUUCAGAAAUGCAUUUGUGAAAUAGCAUGUACAACUGGGGUAUUUUUUACAAUAGCAUUGUAUACAGUAUAAAGAGAUUGGGGUUCCCUAAAACAUAGAAAAUAUAACCUGCUAUUUUCUUUGCAUAGACUAACUGGCUAUUGCUGGAUUUGUCUAUACUAACAAUCACUUAUAGCCGGCAUAUUACUUUGUUUCUAUGUAUAUUUUUGUAUCUAACUUGAGAUCGCGUACAAGGUACUGUUUUAUUACAAGCAAAUCAUUUUAAAAAAUAUGAAUUACUUGAAUAAAAUGGAGACUAUGUGAAA